CUUUGCUGCUCACCAGUUUAGCAGAUCAUCUCGUUCUGUCUACGCUUAGUAUCCUCACUUUGAGAGACCACAACAAGUGCCAUCUGCUCUUUCCUACUUGCAAGAAUCUACGAGAUAUUUCGGUUCAAGUCACCGGCGCAGGUGCACCCUUAGCACCAUUGCCGUUUCUUUCAAGCCCUUACUCCGCCACAAAGAAUGGCGCCAUCCCCCUUCGGACAGUUGGGCGCGUUGCCCUUGGAACUUCGACUAGAGAUCUACGAAAGACUAUUUCGGAAGCCAACGCCAUCCGUGAACAUUCUCUCCUGCUCUCAAGCAAUCUACGACGAAAUCACCGAUCGCCUCUACGACAACCUCGACAUUGAUCUGACACCAUCGUGGCACAGCUCUCGGCUUGAAAUUCGCUGCAAGGCACUGCGAUUGCACUGGAAGAUACGCACCUCGACCUCCCCUAUUCGCGAUCGAUUUUCUCGACUCCCAUACCACAAGGCCAACCUGCGAAUUCACAUUUAUGCCCCGGAUCCACACGACCCCGGGCAGCUCGUUCUACUAUGGUUCUUCAUCCAGACUUUCACGAGCUUUCUCAAGGGAGCGACCAUCAAAUCGAUGACCAUUUACCUACAGAAGCAGGACGGAAAUGAUUGGCAGGAGGCCGGUCGCGCGGUGGAGAGCAUCCCAUAUCCUGGGACCCAUCAACCCGACCACAAUAUCGUCUUUCUCCCGUUCUGUCAGCUGUGCAAUGUCAAGAGCCUCCAUAUCGUCCCGUCAUCGCGUCGCAUGGAUCGUGCGAUUGACUGGGGAUUCAUAAACUACGGUCGCGAUUUCAUCCUCAACAAUGGAUACGAGACGUACAACGAUGGCCCCCUCAGCCAGGACCCGCACUACCGCGACGUGGUACCCCUCUUCGACGACCUCAACGGUACGAUACGCAACAUGCAGUUCUUCCUCGACACCCGCUUGGACCUUCUGUCGGGCGACACUGCGGCCAUGCUUCGCCUGCGUUGCGCCAGCCGAUUUUGCAUGAGCACAUUUCCGAUGCACCACCGGGAGCUUUUCCUGACGCUGCGCGAAUGUCCGAAGGCGAUCACGCUCCACGACCCCGGGCUGGAGAAGUGGUGCAUUCGUCGCUGGCAUCAUUGGAACAUUUUCUGGGGAAACAACAUGAACUGGAAUUGGUCAUGGGACGAAUGGUGCCAGCGAUAUCCCGACGGGCUUCCGCCUUUCACCCCGGAGAACGUCCAUGGCUAUUGGCGGGCGAUCCCUAGCAGUCCGCUUCAUGGGUGGAAGAGCAAAGGAUGCAUCGACCGGGAAGGGGAGUUCGAGUUCCGGAUCUGGAGCUACCUGCACCGUAACUGGAAUCAGGAAAGCAUUGGACAGCUUCACUUCUUUGAGCGGGAGUGGUGCACCGAUUGUCGCCAUCUGGGAUUUCAGGUAGGCUGCGAGGAGGGCUGUGAGCGUCUGAGUCGAUUUGACUAUCCGGAAGCCUGGGAAGAGGAUGAGGAAGGUGACUACUCGGAUCCCGAGCUUGUCCUUUAGCACGAG